CUGCUAAGAAGAUCUUUUUCCUCGUGGUGUACGGAUAACAUGGCGUUUCGCAGUCGAACCAGCGUUUUGUUACGUUCUUCUCUCAGCGCCUUUAGAGCAGCUGCAGUUAGGAGAACUUUCACCUCUCAUUCUAAGGAAAGCGGGUCCUAUUUUAAAUUCGCUGGACCUGUUCUGAUCGGUGCUUCGGCUGCUACUGCGGGACUAUUUGCUGCGAAUCAAUUGUACAGGAAAAAGUUUACGCUCUUUGGAAAUGUUUACGCAGCAACAAAGGUUGAAGGCCAAGGUAAAUCAGAAAGAACCUUUAUCAUGGUUAAACCUGAUGGAGUCCAGCGUGGUUUGAUAGGAGAAAUCAUUAAACGCUUUGAACAGAAAGGAUUCAAAUUAGUAGCCAUGAAAUUUAUGCGGGCGAAUGAAUCCCUUCUGAAGGAACAUUAUGCAGACCUCAGCCAUCUGCCAUUUUUUCCAGGCCUGGUAAAACAUAUGUCCAAUGGACCAGUGGUGGCCAUGGUUUGGGAAGGUCUCAAUGUUGUGAAGACAGGACGGCCUAUGCUUGGAGAAACAGACCCAGCAAAUUCUUUGCCAGGAACAAUCCGUGGAGACUUUUGUAUCCAGAUUGGAAGAAAUAUGUCGAAGGGCGAGCGAACCUUCCUUAUGCUCAAACCAGAUGCUGUUCACAGAGGACUGAUAGCAGAUAUCAUAAAAAGAUUUGAACAGAAAGGGUUCAAAUUAGUCGCCAUGAAAUUCGUGAAGGCAAGUGAAGAACUCCUUAAAAAACAUUACGAAGAGCUGGCACAGAAACCAUUCUUUAAUGGCCUUGUGAAAUAUAUGGGAUCAGGCCCUGUCGUGGCAAUGGUCUGGGAAGGACUAGGUGCUGUUGCAACAUGUAGAGCCAUUCUUGGAGAAACAGAUCCAGCAAAAUCUAAGCCAGGCACAGUGAGAGGGGAUUUUUCCAUUCACAUUGGCAGGAACAUCUGCCAUGGCAGUGACUCAGUGGAUACAGCAAACAGGGAAAUAAAGCUGUGGUUUAAAGAUGAAGAACUUGUUGAGUGGGAGCCAGAAAUGGCAAAAUGGAUUUAUGAAUAAAUAAGUCUCAACAGUUAGGUGAAAAGUUGAACAUUCACCUUAAAUAAAGAUUCAUUGUUCCUAAUGGUA